UGUAAGGCACUCAGUCGGGACGAUUGUUUUGUGUGUGAUGAAUAAACCGCACUUUAAUCUUUACCUGCUGUUGGUGCGUUACCAUGGCGACGGUGUUAGGGGGUUCCCCAGCGGUGACGUAAGGGGAUUUCCACGGAGGCGCUUUGAACGUGAUGGUAAAGUGAAAGAUCCACAAACCGUGAGACAUUUCGAAUCGCACGAGCUGUGUGUGUGUGUGUGUGUGUAAGAGUGUAAUAAGCAGAAGCAGCAGAACCUCUUUUGUGUAGAAGCGCACAUUGCUCUGAAAACAAGCCAGCGUGGUGUUAGCGAGCAGCGCGAGCGGCGCAGGCGGAAAUGAGGGUGUAGCGCAGCGGAGCCGCCGCUCAGGGACCUCAGAGGAAGCUGGAAACGUUUUACGAAGGCGAACACUUCAAAACAACAAACUCUUUCCUCCACCUGACUUCACUUUGCCAUGAAAAUAAUGAACGGAACUAUUCAUAACGGCACGCUGGGUACCGGAGACUUCGACCUCGAGAUCUUAGACGAAUUCCUACUGGAGAAUUCAGCUAAAGAGAGGCUCCCAGGUCCUCCUCCUCCUCCACCUACAGACUCUGAUGAUCAGCUUCACACCCCGACAGUAAUAGGUGGACGCAGUUCUGCUCCAGUGCUCGUCUCCAGAUGUACGGCCUCCAAGAAUUUUGACAUGUUCCCUUCAGCCAACACGUCAGCGCUUACUUCAUCUCGUGGCUCUAGAGGCCAGCGGCGCAGUACAGCUUCAGCAGUGGCUCAGUGUGUGCGUACUCAGCACACGGACACUGAACAGCUGGAGCAGCUGCUGGACAAACCAGAGCUGGUGGUGGUGGAACAGCCCAAGGAACGCGGCAUGAGGUUCCGCUAUGAGUGUGAGGGCCGAUCGGCUGGUAGCAUCCUUGGAGCCUCAAGCACUGAUGUCAACAAGACACUACCUGCCAUCGAGCUUCGAGGGCCAAUUGAAAGGAUAAAAAAUGUGACGGUCACAGUGUCCCUUGUGACAAAGGACAUCCCUCAUCGCCCACACCCACACUGCUUGGUUGGAAAAGACUGUUCAGAUGGCAUUUGUGUGAUCAGCUUUAACCCCCACAGCACACGGCGCCACAGUUUUGUGAAUUUAGGCAUCCAGUGUGUUCGGAGGAAGGAAUUAGAUGCUUCCCUGAUGAAGAGGAAGAAGAAAAACAUUGAUCCAUUCAGCACUGGCCACUCAAAGAGUAUUGAGGACAUGGACAUGAAUGUGGUUAGGUUAUGCUUUCAGUGUGAGCUGGAGAGAGAAGAUGGAGACAGGACCCAUCUCUACCCUGUGGUUUCUAACCCCAUUUAUGACAAAAAAGCUACUACAACUGCAGAGCUGAAAAUUAACAGGCUGAACAUUGUGCAAGGUCCCUGUACAGGCAAGACAGAGAUCUACAUGCUCUGCGACAAAGUGCAAAAAGAUGACAUCGAGAUCAUCUUCAGUCAGGGGAACUGGGAGGCUAAGGCUGAGUUUGCCCAGACUGACGUGCAUCGGCAGAUUGCCAUUGUCUUCAAGUCACCGCCGUAUCAGGAGCAGGACCUUGCUGAAGAGGUCGAGGUCAACGUGUCUCUCCGUCGCAUUUCAGACCGCAUGUACAGCGAGCCGGUGAAGUUCACCUACCUGCCUCACAAUCCAGAUCCGUAUGAGGUCAAACGCAAGCGGAAAAUAAAAUCCGACAAGUAUAAUGAGGACUGCUGUGUCCGCACAGACCCGAUGACGAGCACAGGUCCAGCACACCAGUUUGAUUCGUUCUGCGGUGAUGGAUCUGACUGCGGUAUUCCGGCCCAGGAGGAGAGUCAAGCCGCAUUCCCUCAGGUCCUGGAUGAGAUUCACUAUGCAGACAGUGGUCUCCGGGGGGAUGACGCGUGUGACAGCCUGGACCCAGAGAUAAUGAACAGCCUACUGUUCAGCCUUAAUGAAUGCCUGGGCCCCCAGAACUUUCUCCAGCUUUUGAACAGCCAGGAUCUCAACUCCAACAUUGCAGAUGCAAACCUGAAUCACCUUGAGGCUGGCCAGCCUACUAUUUCUUCAUUUGGUGACCCGUUUUACAACCAAGAACUUCCACAAGACCUGCAGGACAUUUUCUUACGUCAGGUCAAAACUGAAGACGACUCCUGAAGUCCUCAGUCGAUGCUUAUAAGAGUAAAGAAAUAGAGAGUGCGUUUUCAUUAGUGGAAAAUAAGAAUUGGGCUCUGUACUCCCUGAAGUGUGCAUGUAGGUUUAGAUUCACACCGGAUGCCAUGUGCUGUCCCUGAGGGCUCUCAAAAUGACCAGUGGACCAUUUGGACCUAAAGGACAAAUCCGAGGGAAGUCUGAAAAUGGGCUUUGUGUGUGUAUAUAUUCAUGCCAUAAAAUGGCUGCACAGACCUUGGCCUUUCUCCACUUUCGAGUGUGUGUGUGUAGUGUCUAGUGAGCAUGAGCUUGAUGCCCUACUGUGUGGUGAUGCAACGUCUGGGAGAUGCCUUUACCUUUCGGCAAAGAAAAAGAGAAAAGAUGCUGUUUGAGUGCUUUGUGAGGAGUAACUGUGAAGUAGGUAAUUAGUGGAUUGCACAGCCUUCAUGUUGCUGUGAGUUAACCUGUCUAGACCCCAAGGCAACAUUCCCAUCUUCAUCUAUAUAUACUCAAAUACUGUGUGUGUGGCCUGUUUUUGGAUUAAUAUUUCCGCUGGAGCAUCAUUUGCUUAGAAGAAUGUCAAGUAAUAGCAUUAAAUGUAAUGUUACAUUCAUUUUAAGAUAGUUGCCGUUUUAGGAUUUAUUUGACAUUCUGUGAAAUAAAUUAAAACAUUCUGUACAUUUUGUAAAAAAAAAAAUGCUUUGAAUGUUGUAGCAGCUUGAAAUGGUGAAGGAUUAACUCGUAUACAUCUAUAUAAAUAAUUCUGUUUGUAAAGUAGAAGUAUUGUAGUAAACUAUGACCAAAAUGCACUAUCGCUUGUCUUUAGAAAAUAUUUUAUACAUUUGUGUGUCUUGUAUUAAAGGCAUGUUUUGGAUCUUUUGGUUUUUGAAUAAGUGAUGUCACAUACUGGCUAUUGCUAAAUGUGUACUAGACCAGCAGUUGUGAAAUUUCAUUAUAUCCUCAUUCUUGAGAAAA